AUGCAACAACCAAAUUCGCGACCUGGGCAAGAUGAGAUCCGCCACCGUUUGGAGAGACUGGAGAGGCUCCUGGAACGAACAAUCUCCGGUCCCAUGCAGUUGCCUGAUGCGCAAGCUCCCCGCCAAAAUGCGUCAAAUGGAGCAGAUCGAAAUGGGGAUCCAAGUGGCGCGAUCCUGGACCGUACAAAUGAGACCCUGUCGACUGAUGGAUAUGAUGGUGCCUUACUGUUGGAGGCAGAGGGCGGCCAGUCGCGCUGGGUUUCGUCUCUUCAUUACGCUCUUCUAGCAGAUGAGAUCCACGAUGUGAAAAUGCUACUCGGGGAUCAGGCUCGGCGUGCCCCUACAGAAAGUCCAUCAUCGGAGCAGGCAUCCACCCCAUUCCCGUUUUCUAACAAAAUCGUGGAUAGUCUCGCACUCUGGCUACCUAAAUCUGCGGAAGAUUGCUUUGCCCUGUUAGAAGACUUCAUUUCCAAUGUUGAUCCAAUGACACGACUGGUUCAUCAGCCAUCGCUCAGACGGCGGUUUACGCUGUUUGUGAACCAAACUUAUGGAACAAGGAGCCGGGAUACGGGCGAAGUGCUUGACAUGCCCGGGCCAGAUCCUACAGUCCGCGCCUUUGAGCCUUUGGCGUUGGCAAUUUUCUACUCUGCUGUCAACAGCUUAUUACCAGGGUCUGUGUGCACUCGAUUCGCUGUAGAAAAGGAAACACUCCUGGCUCAGUUUCAGACGGGAGUGGAACAGGGGUUAGGAAGAGAGGGAUUCUUGACGACAUCCAGCAUCGAGGUUCUUCAGGCCUUUGUUUUGCUAUUAAGUUGCCAAUCCCGAGAGGAUGACAUGUCAAGGGCAUGGACCCUUCUUGGUCUUGCCUUAAGAAUGGCGCUUUCACAAGGUCUUCAUAGAGAGCCUUCUUUGUUUCCUUCGAAGAACAUGGACGUUGUUCAAAUUGAGAUUCGUCGCCGGCUCUGGCACCAAAUAUGCCACCUUGACUUUCGAUCCGCAGAAGCCAGAGGACAAGAGCCUACCAUAUCAGACGACGACUAUACAACGUUGCUGCCCAGGAACGUCAAUGAUGACGACCUCAUCGAAGGAGCCCCUCCAAUACCUGAUACGCACUCUGCCCCCGGCUUUACUGACAUGACGGUUCAACUGAUUCGACUGAACGGGAUUCACCUUUUUAGACGAAUUAUUCGAAGCACAUACAAGCUGGAGCGACGGAUCAAGACUUCAACGGUGCAUGGGAAUGCCGUUUUAUAUCCAAUUGUAGAACUCCAGGCUUUGUUUAUCGAGGUUCGUGCCAUGGUAGAUGAGAUGACCACACAUAUCCAAACACAAUACCUGCAAUAUUGUGAUCCUAGGAUUCCAUUACAGCGUAUGGCGAUUGGUCUUGCUGCGAUAAUUGAAUGGCGAUGCUGGUCUCUAUUCUGGCUCCGCACUCCAAAACAAUAUCGGGGAGCAGUGGUAUCACCAGAGAUCCGACAAAAGGUCUUGGAAAAAUCCGUGAGUCUGAUUGAAAGUAUGAACGUGAUAUCGAGCGACAAGGAUGCCCAGCGCUUCCAGUGGCAUAUCGGUUGCCAUUCCAGUUUUUUGGCCAUUAUGCAUAUUGUAUCAGAGCUAGGAACUCUUGAAUUUCAGAUAUCAGAUCAUAAAUCGCUCCGUUCUCGUGCUUUGGUUGCUCUGCAAAAGACAGUGAUCUUGAAAGGGCGCGAAGGCAACCCAAUUUGGGAUGUCAUAAAACGGAGUAUUUCAAAUUGCCUGGAGAAGAACGCUUCACAAGUCUUCCCUUUAACUCCAUACCCAGGUUUUUUCCCUCCAAAUGGAGUGAUCCCCACGAUGAGUACAACGACAGUCACGACUCCGCCUCAGACAAUCGCGGACACGUCUUCGGUGAUAAACAAUUCAAUAAUCGAGACUUCAUUACCUGAUCUGGCUGAAGUAGGUGGCUUGGACAUGCAGGACCCCUCUAUGACAUUUGAUUGGGGGUUCUGGAAUUUUGAUCCAACUGACCCCAAUUGA